CUGAGGCACAGCAACCGUUAGGCAUAUGUGAAACAAUGCUAGUUGACAGGAAGUAGUCCGCAAAUACAGACUAUACUUGUACCUCCAUUAGUCCACUGUUUGAAAACUUCAGUUUGUUACGAGUAGUUCUUCGUAUCGGAACUCAACACAUCGAAUUUCUUGUUUGAAGGUGGACUUUAUUCUUUUGCCGGCACGAGGUGGCGUAGUAAUUAAGUGUGAUAGCUUAGUAGCAAGUACGUAGUAUCGUCCUGUUUCGAGGGGGUCGCCGGCUGGCCGUAACGUUCAAAAUCCGCAAUGGCAGAUCAGCUUACAGAGGAACAGAUAGCUGAGUUCAAAGAGGCUUUUUCGCUCUUUGACAAGGAUGGAGAUGGAACCAUCACAACCAAGGAGCUUGGCACUGUCAUGCGGUCACUUGGGCAAAAUCCAACAGAAGCAGAAUUGCAAGACAUGAUCAAUGAAGUAGAUGCUGAUGGCAAUGGUACGAUCGACUUUCCAGAGUUCCUUACAAUGAUGGCACGAAAAAUGAAAGAUACAGACAGUGAAGAAGAAAUCAGAGAAGCAUUCCGUGUUUUCGACAAGGAUGGCAAUGGAUUUAUCAGUGCAGCUGAGUUACGGCAUGUCAUGACAAAUCUUGGAGAAAAACUGACAGAUGAAGAGGUGGACGAGAUGAUUCGAGAAGCAGAUAUUGAUGGUGAUGGACAAGUAAACUAUGAAGAAUUCGUGACAAUGAUGACCUCAAAGUAACUCAUGGCAUGGUGUUUGGUGGAAAUGGACAUUUUCCUUCAUUCUGUACAUCAAAUCUACUCUUCGUUACACGUUGGGCUCAAUGUGUACAGCACGUAUGCAUGAAUCAGCCAGUAAAUGAAGUGUGGUUGGACCUGCACACUCAAGCCUGUUCAGGGCCCAGCCAGAUGCUGUACAGCUGUGUAAUGUUGCUGCAAGUUCACAAGACACGAGAUCCUGCAGUUUUCUGAAAAUAUCCAUUUUUAAAUAUUCAUAGUUGCUAGCAUUUUCAAUUAAACUUUCUUCUUUCAUCUCUUCCUUUUGUAAUUCUUUUUAUCUUGCAGAUAAUUGAAAGCUCAGUUGUUGGUUCAUGAACAUUUCUUGUCUUUGUAGUUUGCACCAAAGAGUGCUGUAGUGUUUUGUCGCACGAUGCAGGCAUGGCCUCAUGUAGUCACUAAUUCUGCACUUGUAGAUCAAAUAAUUAGAGGUAAUAUCUGCCCAGCAUUUUGCAUACCAGCGAAUCAGACAUAUCAGGUAAAAGAACCAAGCAUUCCAAUUCAGUAACGCCCAUUUUCAUCUGGCUUAUUAAAAAUAUUUAGAGGGGAAAAAAUUAAAAAGUAAAAAAAAUUGUGGGCAAGGUUUCAAGUAACUUUAUAAGCUGUUUUGAAAAAAGAUGGGUACAAAAUGGCCAGCAUCUGUGUAAGUGUUGAGAAUCUGAACAAAAACUUCAUAUAUAUUAAUAAUUUGUUAGACAAGAUAGAUGUUGACAUGUUCCAUGAGUUCUUCUAACAUCGGUGUGAGUAUUGCAAAAGCAGAUAAAGCAUCAUUUGCUCAGAUGGUCAGGCCACACAAGUUCAAAGCUAUUGCCUUCCUUUUCACUCAACUUGAAAAAGGAAACUACAGGCAGAAGACAAGUGUCCCGACUGCUGUUGCACCUUCAGCGAGUCUUGGAUCUUCUACAGAAGCAUCCUACGACUCUGCUUAAGGUGGCAGGAAGUACUGCUAUCGCACACAUUGAUGGAAUUUUUCUCAUAGCUGCCAUUGGCUGCAUGUACCAUCUGACAUACAUGGAUUCAAAAACUUUCCCAAUCUUUUUUCUCUUCCCCCAGCUGUUCAGCAUUUCAUCUUGUCUGUUACCAGAUGGAGAUGUAAAUUUUAUUUCUGCCUUUAUGAUCAUUCAAUUCUACAAUUUUCUUGUUUCACUCAUCUUUUCAUUGACUCUCAUGGAUCUCAUUAUCAUAAUACACCUGGAUUCUUUGACCAGUA